AUGGGGUGCGUGUUCUCGAGCCGGGAGAAGCGGGAGGGGUCGGCGCGGCCGCAGGGCCGCUCCGUCCAGCCGCAGCCGUACCACCAGCAGCAGCAGCAGCAGCAGGCGCUCGGGGCGGUCUUCGACGCGCGCCGGGGCCGCUACGGCCCCACCGACUUCGACUCCGGGGAGAUCGCCAUCCCGCCGCCGCACAAGCCCCACAAGGUAUCAGAACCAGGCACAUUCAUAGGAAGAGCCAGCAUCGCCGGCCUGGAAAAGGCCGUUGAGGUGUUAGACACCCUUGGCAGCGGCAUCGCAAGUUUGAAUCACGGCAGUGGGUUUCUCUACGGGGGAACCACCCGAGGAAAUAAAGUCGAGAUUCUGGCGUUCGAAGUCGCAAAUACAAUAGCUAAAGCCUCCAAUUUGUGGAGGUCAUGCUCUGACGAUAAUAUAAGAGAACUCAAGGAAGAAAUCUUGCAUUCAGAUGGCGUGCGGAUAUUAAUCUCCUCAGAUCCCAGCGAGCUCCUGCAUAUUGCUGCUAUCGACAAGAGGGAAGAACUCGCCAUCCUUUCAAGAGAAGUAAUUCGAUUUGGUGACCUGUGUAAAGACCCCAUAUGGCAUAACUUGGGACGCUAUUUUGAGAAAUCAACGAAAGAUUCCAUGCCCCAGGAUCAUUCAAAAGAGCAUAUCGGAACUACCGUCCAGCAUUUGAUUAGCUUGGCUCAAAACACUUCUGAGCUUUACCAUGAAUUGCACGCGCUGGAUAGGUUUGAGCAGGAUUUUCAAAGGAAAUUUCAUGAAGAGGAGUCUGUACCAGCAGCCAGGCGAGAGAGCGUUAUGAUAUUGCACAGUGAACUAAAGCGCCAAAGGAAGCUUGUGAAAACUUUGAAGAAGAAAUCCUUGUGGUCCAGACCUUUGGAGGAUGUUGUGGAAAAGCUUGUUGAUAUCGUCACUUUUCUGGAUAAACAAAUCCGGGAUGCAUUCGGUGAAGCUGUUCCUGUAGGUACGGACUUCAUGGAGCAAGGUCAGAGCAAAAGGCUAGGUGCCUGUGGUCUGGCACUACAUUAUGCUAACAUCAUCAACCAAAUUGAAAAUAUAGUUUCUCGGCCGCUCUCUCUUCCUCCUAGCGCUAGGGACAACUUGUACCAUGGACUGCCAGAAACAGUCAAGUCAGCUCUGCGGCCACGGUUGCAAUCAGUCAAACCUGAAGAUGAGGAGCGUUCUGUAUCUCAAAUCAAAGCUGAAAUGCAGAAAACCCUCCGCUGGCUGCUGCCAAUAGCAGAAAAUACAACAAGAGCACACCAAGGGUUCGGAUGGGUCGGCGAGUGGGCAAACUUCGGGAGUGACAUGGACGAGAAAUCGGGCUCCCGGCACAGCGUGACCCGGGUGCAGACGCUGCACCACGCCGACAAGGCCAAGACGGAGGAGCACAUGCUGGAGCUGGUGGUGCUGCUCCACCACCUGGUGCUCCAGGUGAAGAGCCGAGGCUACGGCCACAACAAGUCGACAAGGCGGGAACGGUCCCGGUCCCGCAAGGGAGGACCGUCGUCAUCGUCAGAGCCGCCGCAUCAUGAAGCAGACGCCACCAGGCACAACACGUCGCCGAUGAACAACGGCCAUGGCAGCACGUGCCCUAGCCCGCUGUCGGACUCUGAUCGCGAGACGCUGGACCACCUGAGCUUCAAGCGGACGACCAGCUACGGCCGGAGCAAGAGCUGCGAGCCCCGACCCGGCAAGGGGAACAAGGCGCACCGGAGCUGGAACUUGUGCCGGAGCCACGGCAGCUCGCCGGCGAGGGAGUUCGGCCGGGGCUCGACCUCCGGGCGUGAGAUGGUGAGGGACCUGGAUGUGAUAGAUGGGCUGGGUAGACUGACUCUUUCGUUUAGUUAG